UACUGUACUAACCUGAAACAUCAGUUAACAAAUAAGUUGUUGGGAUGUUAGAUUCAUUCAUUAACAUAUAUUUAACCAGGCAAGUCAAAAAUCAACCUCUUGAACACCAGAAAUAGGCCUACAUACAAUGCCUGUGUCUGUGUGUGUGCAGACUUUGGUAUUUUAUAGGCAGUUCCUCUGCAAAACCAGUAAGACGAGCUUACUUCAGGGAGAGAUUGCAUGCCACUAAUGCAAUUGUCAUGUCUGGCUAUAUGGUUUCAUACAGUUCACUACAGCCACAGUUUUCCCACCAAAAUCUGUUUGAGGAGCAGUUUUUAACCCUGCCGUUAUGCAACGUCAAUUUAACACUCCCCUCUACCCAGCCCCCCGUCUCUGAAUCCAUUCCGCACUCUGAAGAGUCCGAGCCGUGUUUUACUGCUCUCGGCGCACCUCGGUAAAAUGGCUGUAUCCAAGUGAGCCUCGUGCUGGUGUGAUCCGUUCCUCGUCUGUAGUCUACUUCUGCAACAGAACCCCCACAAAUUCCGUGUCGGUUAAAUUUCAUUUCCCGGGAACUCGGUGCGAUAAAGUCUAAAAAAAACGAAGCCGAAGAUGGGGUCCGGAUUCGGUCCGGCGUAAGGAGUGGGGAUGAGUCGGGACACGGGUAAAUUGUUGUAAAACUAUUGUAUUUACAUUCAAUGUUUCGCGUUUGAUUGUGACCGACUCGCCGAGAGGGAGAGGGGGAGAUCAUGGCCGCUCAGGUCGCCAGCGCUACCUCUCUCAACACCAGCCCGCCUUCCGAGCUGAAAAAACCGGAUCGAGACCCAAAGGAGGAGUCGGUACCGGGGGAGAAGCACCAGGAAAAUAAGGAGCCGGGACUAGAGAGUGGAUCUCCGGCUCGCGGGGAACUGCAGGACCGGGCCGAUGUGGGAAAUGCUGGGGGAGGAGGGGAGUCGGAUAUGAAAAACGGCAACGGGAAUCCGUCGAGGGUGAACAAUAAUCAAAAUGAUACCACCGGGCCGGAGGGGAACAACCACCCCGGGAUGGUACACCAUCACGCGCCCGGGUUUCAGUCAGCUUCCUAUAACUACGUUCAGCACUACAGCCGGGCCCCUUUUCAUCAACAUGGCGGACAACAAAGCCCUGGCAUGGCAGCUGCAGCGGGGCCAGGCGCGUUAUCGGGCAGCAUGAUGGACCCCUAUCAGCCCAACUCCCAUGAUCACGGCUUCCCGAACCACCAGUACAACAGCUACAGUCCGUUCGGGAACCGAAGCCCGUACCCGGGCCAGAGCUACGGCAUGAACUCUCCGCGCAGCGCUCCUCAAGCUCAGGCAGUAGGGGGGCAGUCAGCCAAGCAGCAGCAGCCAGCAGCGGCUGCAUCUUACAGCAAUCAGCGGUAUAACAUGGGAAACCCGCAGCCAACAUCCACCCCGACCCUCAACCAGCUCCUCACCUCACCCAGCAGUGCCCGGGGCUACCCAAGUUACCCACCGAGCGACUACAACAGCCAGGACGGUGCUAAGGGACCAGCAGAUAUGGGUAGCAGCAGCGGGCAGUACGGUGGGGGCCAUCCGGGUUGGCAACAAAGGACCCAUCACCCGUCACCCAUGAGUCCUGGAAGUACCGGGCAACCCUUGGGUAGAAACCAGACUCCAGGCUCCAUGGAUCAAAUGGGGAAAAUGCGCGGCCAAUCGUAUGGGUCAGGUGGGCCUUACUCCCAGCAGCCCCAUCAAGGGCCUCCUGCAGGGCCCCAGCAGGGGCCUACUUACCCAGGCCAGGGCUACGGGCCCCCUGGCCCUCAGAGAUACCCUAUGGGCAUGCAAGGGCGUAUGCAGUACAGCCAGCAGAUGCCAUCAUAUGGACAGCAGGGACCAGGCGGUUACGUGCAGCAGGGACAGCAGCCGUAUUACGGCCAGCACGGUCAGGGGUCUCACUCGGGACAGCAGCAGUCACCAUACCCCCAGCCUUCCCCUGGGCAACCAGGAGGGUCAGGGACCUUAUUCACAGCAACCCCAUGUCCCCCAGUCCUCUGGCCCACAUGGACAGGCUGGCCCUCCUUACCAACAACCCCACAUGCCACAGGGGCAGAUGACCGGCCCUUCGCCUGGCCCAUCCCAGUCCCCGUACUCACAGUCCUCGGCAGCACCCCAGUCUACCCAGUCUCCAUAUCCACAGCAACAGGUGCCUCAGUCCCAGCCCUCGCAGCAGGGGAGCUCCCAGGCUCCUCCUGCAUCCCAACCCAGUUACCCGUCUGGCCAAGGCCCCCAACAACAACCGCAGCAGCCACCGCCAACAUCACAGCAGCCACCGCAGACACCCACACCUGCUUCCCAGCCGCCUGCGGGACACGGACCGAUGCCGCAGGGACAGCCCACAGCAUACUCUCAAAAUCCCCCACAACAACAACAGCAGCAGCAGCAGCAACAAUCGCCAUUUCAGCGUUUUCCUCCUCCUCCUCAGGAGAUUUCCCAGGAGUCAUUUAGCUCCAGUCCAGCGCUCCCCCCUCCUGGUCCGCCUUUGG